AGACAUCAGGCUGCACAUAGAAACUUAAUUCUAGAUUCUGAACAAAAUGAAAGUUAUUUCAUCAAAAUGCUUUAUUUUAGUGAUUUUGGCCACUUCAAGCUUGUUAACAUCAAACAUCUUUUGUACAGAUGAAUUAAUGAUGUCCAAUCUUCACAGCAAAGAAAAGUAUGACAAAUAUUCUGGGCCUGCAGGAGACCUUAAGGGGGAAAAGGAAAGAAGUCUCAAUUUUGAAGAAUUAAAAGAUUGGCAUCCAAAAACUGUCAUUAAGAUGAGUGCACCCACAGUCAACAAAAUGCCACACUCAGCAGCCAACUUGCCAUUGAGAUUUGGGAGGACCAUGGAAGAAGAAAGAAGCACUGGGGUAAUGGCCAACCUGCCUCUGAGAUUUGGAAGAAAUAUAAAAGAAAGCAUCUCAAGACAUGUUCCUAAUCUACCCCAAAGGUUUGGCAGAACAGCAGCCAAAAGUGUCGCCAAGACACUGAGUGAUUUGCUCCAACAAUCCAUGCAUUCACCAUCUGCCAGUGAGUUACUUUACUCCAUGAACUGCCCACCUCAAGAAAUCCAGAAUCCUGAUAAAAACACCCAUGGAGACUGGGAUUCAAGAAAAUAGAUGAUGCAGAACUGAAACAAGAAAAAUAAGAAGUCUGGAGCUAGUCCCUAAAGAUGAUUUAAGCUGUGGUCUGUAAUCUGC